UAGAGGAAGUAGCCAGGCUUCGGGUGGGGUGGGCAGAGACGCCCCCCGCCACUUGCUCGCUGGAGUUUGCCGGCGCGCCGGGCCUCUCCGGCCCCGAGCCCUGGGCUCUCCUACGCAUCACCGACGGCAGCCCGAUCCGGAGAGUAUGGUGCCAGCGCCUGGGUUAAUCUAGUCCUCGGCUAGCUCCUUUUUUCCCUCCUCCUCUGCCUCCUCUACCUCCGCCUUUCUCUCCUGUCGGUGCUGCCUCUGGGUUCCCGGCGUGUGGGAGUACAACUCUCUGCCUCUCCAAGGAAACUGGUCGGUGGACCACCUAACAGAACUUGCCCAUUGAAAGCAAACCCAGAACAGCUGGAUAAUGUCCACUCCGAGCAGAUUCAAAAAGGACAAAGAGAUCAUAGCCGAGUAUGAAAGUCAAGUCAAAGAAAUUCGAGCUCAACUGGUAGAGCAACAAAAAUGCCUGGAGCAGCAGACAGAGAUACGAGUUCAACUUCUCCAGGACCUGCAAGAUUUCUUCCGGAAAAAAGCUGAAAUUGAGACAGAAUAUUCUCGGAACCUAGAAAAGUUAGCAGAAAGGUUCAUGGCAAAAACAAGAAGCACUAAGGAUCAUCAACAGUACAAGAAAGACCAGAACUUGUUGUCUCCAGUGAACUGCUGGUAUUUGCUUCUGAACCAAGUGAGGAGAGAAAGCAAAGACCAUGCCACCUUGAGCGACAUCUACCUGAACAAUGUGAUUAUGCGGUUCAUGCAGAUAAGUGAGGAUUCCACCAGGAUGUUUAAAAAGAGCAAAGAGAUUGCAUUCCAACUUCAUGAGGAUUUAAUGAAGGUUCUUAAUGAGCUCUACACGGUGAUGAAAACAUACCAUAUGUACCACGCAGAGAGCAUCAGUGCAGAGAGCAAGCUGAAGGAGGCUGAGAAACAAGAAGAGAAGCAAAUUGGCAGAUCUGGUGACCCAGUCUUCCACAUUAGACUGGAAGAGAGACACCAGCGGCGAAGCUCUGUAAAGAAAAUAGAAAAAAUGAAGGAAAAGAGACAAGCCAAGUAUUCGGAAAAUAAGCUAAAAUCGAUUAAGGCACGGAAUGAGUAUCUCCUAACCCUUGAAGCAACCAACGCCUCAGUUUUCAAGUAUUAUAUUCAUGAUCUUUCAGAUUUAAUCGACUGCUGUGAUCUUGGCUACCAUGCAAGUCUGAACAGAGCCCUGAGAACGUAUCUCUCUGCAGAGUAUAACCUUGAAACCUCCAGACACGAAGGCUUAGACAUUAUUGAGAAUGCAGUUGACAAUUUGGAGCCCAGGAGUGAUAAGCAGAGGUUCAUGGAGAUGUACCCUGCUGCAUUCUGUCCGCCAAUGAAGUUUGAGUUUCAGUCUCACAUGGGUGAUGAGGUGUGUCAGGUCAGCGCGCAGCAGCCGGUCCAGGCGGAGCUCAUGCUCAGGUACCAGCAGCUGCAGUCCCGACUGGCCACACUCAAAAUCGAGAACGAGGAGGUUAAGAAAACAACGGAGGCCACCUUGCAGACGAUACAAGAUAUGGUCACCAUCGAGGACUACGACGUCUCUGAGUGCUUCCAGCACAGUCGCUCCACAGAGUCUGUGAAGUCCACCGUGUCUGAGACCUACCUGAGUAAGCCCAGCAUCGCCAAGAGGAGGGCGAACCAGCAGGAGACCGAGCAGUUCUACUUCAUGAAACUCAGAGAGUAUUUGGAGGGUAGCAAUCUCAUCACAAAACUUCAAGCCAAACAUGACUUGUUGCAGAGGACCCUUGGAGAAGGUCAUAGAGCUGAAUAUAUGACUACAAGGCCUCCAAAUGUUCCCCCUAAGCCCCAGAAACACAGGAAGUCCAGACCCCGCUCACAGUAUAAUGCUAAGUUGUUUAAUGGGGAUUUGGAAACAUUCAUCAAGGACUCAGGACAGAUCAUCCCCCUCAUUGUGGAAAGCUGUAUUCGGUUCAUCAACCUCUAUGGUCUUCAGCAUCAGGGGAUUUUCAGAGUGUCUGGUUCCCAAGUGGAAGUCAAUGAUAUUAAAAAUUCAUUUGAGAGAGGUGAAAACCCUUUGGCUGAUGACCAGAGUAACCAUGAUAUUAACUCGGUUGCUGGCGUUCUGAAGCUCUAUUUCCGUGGGCUGGAAAACCCCCUCUUUCCUAAGGAAAGAUUUAAUGAUCUGAUUUCUUGUAUCAGAACAGAUAAUCUCUAUGAGAGGGCGCUUCACAUCCGCAAACUCCUCCUGACCUUGCCCAGGUCGGUCCUUAUCGUGAUGAGGUACCUCUUUGCCUUCCUCAAUCAUCUUUCACAGUACAGUGAUGAGAACAUGAUGGACCCGUAUAACCUAGCUAUUUGCUUCGGCCCCACACUGAUGCCUGUCCCAGAAAUACAGGACCAAGUGUCUUGCCAGGCUCACGUGAACGAGAUUGUCAAAACCAUCAUCAUCCACCAUGAGACUAUCUUCCCAGAUGCUAAAGAGCUGGAUGGCCCUGUUUAUGAGAAAUGUAUGGCUGGAGAUGACUAUUGCGACAGCCCAUACAGUGAACACGGUACGCUGGAGGAAGUGGAUCAGGAUGCUGGUACAGAGCCCCACACCAGUGAAGACGAAUGUGAACCCAUAGAAGCAAUAGCCAGAUUUGACUACGUGGGGCGGUCUGCCAGAGAGCUGUCCUUCAAGAAGGGUGCCUCCCUGCUGCUGUACCACCGCGCCUCUGAGGACUGGUGGGAAGGCAGGCACAACGGGGUUGAUGGGCUCGUGCCCCACCAGUACAUAGUGGUGCAGGACAUGGAUGAUACAUUUUCUGACACUCUGAGCCAGAAAGCCGAUAGCGAGGCCAGCAGUGGGCCAGUCACUGAAGACAAGUCUUCGUCCAAGGACAUGAACUCCCCAACAGACCGCCAUCCUGAUGGCUAUUUAGCCAGACAAAGAAAAAGAGGAGAGCCACCCCCUCCAGUGAGGCGUCCUGGCAGGACCAGUGAUGGCCAUUGCCCCCUCCACCCCCCACAUGCUCUUUCCAACUCCGCAAUUGACCUGGGGUCCCCAAGCCUGGGCAGUCACCCCCGGGGCCUGCUGCAGAACCGUGGCCUCAACAGUGACAGUCCUGAGAGGCGGCGGCGGCCGGGCCACGGCAGCCUGACCAACAUCAGCCGCCACGACUCCCUCAAGAAGAUCGACAGCCCUCCUAUUAGAAGAUCCACAUCAUCAGGGCAAUACACAGGCUUCAAUGACCACAAGCCACUGGACCCAGAGACAAUCGCUCAGGAUAUUGAAGAGACGAUGAAUACUGCUUUGAAUGAACUCCGAGAACUGGAGAGACAGAGUACGGCAAAGCAUGCCCCCGAUGUGGUGCUGGAUACCUUAGAGCAAGUGAAAAACUCUCCCACCCCAGCCACUUCCACAGAAUCUCUCAGCCCUUUGCACAAUGUCGCCCUGAGGAGCUCUGAGCCCCAGAUUCGACGUAGCACUAGCUCCUCCAGUGACACAAUGAGUACUUUCAAGCCUAUGGUGGCGCCCAGAAUGGGUGUGCAGCUGAAGCCCCCAGCCCUUCGGCCAAAACCUGCUGUUCUUCCAAAAACAAACCCUACCAUAGGACCUGCCCCACCAUCCCAGGGGCCAACAGACAAGUCUUGCACAAUGUAAAAACCAACUGAGCGAGGUCAUACAGGGAGGUGAUUGAAAAAAGAACGUGGAUUGGUGACAAAAGUCAGCGAUCCAUAACUUUCCUUAGUCGUGUGCUUAUAACUGGAGAUCUUUUGGCUUUUCUAUGUUCUCGAAUGUAAUGUCUGAUAUUAGCUAAAUUAACACGGGCAUUUGUAUUUUGUAAUUUCCUUUUUUUUAAAUAACUGGACAUAUCUUAUGUCAUUUUAAAGACAAUAGAAACACUUAGACUUACUUGAAAAUCCAAUGCUGCACCAUUUGUAAUGAAGGCAACACCGUCCUGCCCUGCACACUGCACAGCUGCUUCAGGCUUAGUGUAGCCCGGGUGAGUCAAAAACAUCUCGAUCCGAAGGCACAAGAACCUGAGUUCUGGGCCUUGGAGUGUAACCAGUGUUGGUCUGUGCACUUGAGGUGAUGCUGAAAGUUGACAGUGGCACUGUUUGGCGACUGACAGUGAGCACCUCUGAUUCUACCCAGUAGGGCAAGGGCUGGCUCUUGCUAAAGACUUGCUGUUGUCAUGGUAACAUCCCCAGGGGGACUGUCAGCUCACCACCUAAAUGAGUAGGAUGACUGCCUCUUUCAUAAGUCAUUUGCCUGGGUCCAGGUUAAAGUCUCAGCGGAAGGGGGUGGACUCUCUGCAGGUACUGCCUGAACAUUACCUGGGAAAGGAGAGGGAGACAGUCCUUCAGAGCUACUGCUCUGACUUUCCACGAGCCUGAUCAGGCCCUCAAGGAUUUCCAAGUCCAUCCCCUGCAUUCACGGAAGACUAGAGCAGUCGAAUUUUAAAGACUUGCUGGUUACACGACUCCAUAAACUCCUUCAGAGAUCUGUUGUUGCCUAGAAAACACUUCUAGCUCCCCUGAAGCCCUGUGUUCUCCUCGGUGGAAGGGGAGAAAGCACGCCACGCACAAGUCCUUGGUCUGCCCAGCCUUCUCUUUCCCGACUUAGUGACCUGGCUUCCUUUAAACAUGCUACAGAGGCUGAUGAUCCUAAAUUGAAUCCCCCACCCCUCUGUCCACUUGUCUCUUCUAGCCAGCCUAGAACUGGCCCUGGUACUGGAUUUAAGAGACAUACCAGCCAAGGUGGGAGGAUUACCUAUGGUUCCAGGAUGAUUUCCUCCCAAUUUUGCACCCUGGAACCAUGGCUUUCUUGUUUGUCCCAUGUGGUCUCUACAUAACUCAGUCAGCUGAACUCCAUGAGGGGACCCCCUCUCUGACAUCCUAACCCAUAGAUGAUUUUUCUUUAGCCCUUAUUUAUGCUGUAUUUUCCCUCUAUCUUAAAAAGGGUUGCUUUGAAUUCAGUUAUUUUUUUACUACAGUACAAAUCACCACUCUCCUACCAGGAGCAGCUUAUAUCAUCCGUAAACGUAUGAGCAUUUCAUCUACUCUGUCAUUGAACUUACUGAUGAAAAGUACCCCCCUGCCCGAAAAAUGGAUGGCCAGAACUAAUAACCCCUCUGGACCACUCUGAUUUCUUUCUAGGUUUGGGUUCAAACUAGCAGCCAAUUGCAUGCCCACCUAAGAGUUAACAGUAUGGACUUUGACUCAUCAGCGCACUGGGGAAGGCCUCAGUGAGGGAAACAUGAAGAUCUGUACUAAAGUCAAGAUCGUUACUCGGAUCUCUACCUCAGUUUGACAGUCUAAUCAUUCUAAUGCAGAAAGAGAUCACAUUAAUGAGCUAUUGUUACCUUUCAAAGUCAUACCGUUGGUUGCUUGCCUGCAGCCUAAUUUCACAAAUGGAUUAAGUAGUGAAAAAAAUUUUUUCAGGUAUUUCCAGGAAUUGUAAACCUCUGAAUUUUCACAACCAUCUUUUUUGCCCAUUUUGAAAAAGAGGCCCAGUUCAGCAUCUUGUACCAUCCCCCACCAUGUCUCGAGCUUUAGUGGUCCUUUGGCACCUUUGGACACCAUGAAACCCAGCCAGGACUGAGCUCUGAGUAGCAUGAACCUUUUUAAACAAUCCUCCCAAUUUUCUAGGAAAUUUAAACUUUCCUAAAUAAUCUCCCAGUUCUUUCUGGAUUCCACUUUGGUCACUAAUUCUCUGUCAUUAGAUGAGGAAAGACAAACAGAGAAAAAGGUGGAAGUAAUUGGGGGAGAAAACUUUAAAUCUUUUAGAAAUUAAAGAGGAUUCUCUUUUUUUUCCCCCCGUAAUGGAGGUACUGGGGAUUGCACCCAGGACCUCAUGCAUGCUAAGCAUGUGCUCUACCACUAAGCUAUACCCACAUUCCUAUAAUAAAAAGAAUUCUUAAAGACCAACCUCCUUAUAUGAUGGAAAAGUAAGAUGGUAACCGAGGGCAUCAAAAGGGCAGACGUGUUUUGGAUUUUUUAAGUUUUGAAGGGUUCUUUUAUGAGCUUUAACUCCAGCUUUUCAGAUCUUACUCCCACAAGCUCAUUUCUUCAGACUUCUCCCUGGUAAUCCUCCCCAGUGUCUCCUCUCUUUGGUGUUCACACCUGUGAUGGAAUGAGGUAUGCCUUUCCACCUACCAAAUCAGGACUCUGCUGCCUUAGAUGGCAGAGAACACGCCACUCUAGACCUCAGAGCCUCAGAGGCCGUGCCUUCUUCCAGGAAACAGCUCCUAACACUCUCCCAUCACUCGCUUACUUUACCUGUCUGUCUUUUCUCUCUAAUUCUGUUGUCACCCUCAGGCUUCCCCCGCCCCCCGCAUUCCCAGGUAAGGAUGCGACCUCAGAGUGAAUAAGGAUUCAAUAAGGACUCACUUACCCUUACUUUGUUUAGUCAAAGUCCUCAGAUUCCAGGGAUGAGUCAAAGUGGCCACUUCACAAAGAAUCCAAAUAACACUCAGUAAGUUGCAUAAAAGUUUCAGCAGCGGAGAGGGUUCACCUGUUCGUGGUCCGCUUUAUAGCCACAGGUGUCACACACAGUGGGGAGGUGGGAAGGCACAAGGAAUGGGGAGAGAAGAAAGAAAAGUCAGUCCCUGAGAUGUUAUGCCUCAGUCUCAAGGAUCUCAUCGGUCCUCAUGUGCAGUUUGGGAAGAGGGUCAUUUUGAUGAUGGGUAAAUGAUGGUUCUACAAAGAUGAUCUGACUCCAUUUACACAAGAAUAUGUAUUCCCAGCUGAAAUUACUGAAUGUUUAUGUCCCAUCCAUAGAACUCACUGAAGGAGAUUUACUAAACUGGCCUUUGGGUUUUGGAGAGGGGAUGUUUGGAGUGGAUUGUCAGGAUAGAGUGAACGGUUCUUAAACACGUUUUCCAAUGAGUGUUCUGUAAAUGAUUUCAGUCUGUCAAAUGGCUCUUUGUAACACUCCAUGUUCAAGUUCGGCAUAAAUGCAGUAGAGUUCAACAGUUUCACAUGUUUUCACACAAUGUGAUCUGACUUGGGUGCCCCUUGAGCAACCCAUAGAAUAACGUACAGCAGAGUGACACUUAAGCUACUGCAGUGAGCAUGAACAAUUAUCAAUGGAUGUAGAGCGCCAAGGGUCAAAUUGAGUUUUCUGUCUUUGUACUUUCGUCAUUCCCAAAAUGGAUUUCUAAUUAUUUAAGAAAAAGAAAAAAAGAGGGGAUGUAGUGGUCUCCUUAACAUUUGAGAAUCAAGCAUCACCUCUGGGGUCUACAAACAAGAAAUUUUAAUUUGGUAAUUACGGCCUCUGAAGUCCAAAGUCAAAGAGCCUAUGGGUCUGCUGAGGGGUUUGGAAGACUUUAGAUUUGGGAUGACAUUUAUUCCCAACCACGGUAGCAAGAGGCCACGAAUGCAGGAAAUGCUCUUGGGACUGAGUCUUAACUAUAAGUUACCCACCGCAGAGGCCCUGAGUGUGGGCAGCUGAGCAGUGAAAUCUCUUCCCACGAGUAGAGUAGAGCUCCCUGCUCCAGACUAGCCCCUGAGCUAAAACCCAAACUCCAGCUGGGCUGGGGUGUCAGGCGUGGACCAGGGUGACUGUGGCACAGCUUUGUCAAAUCAGUAAAGCAAACUGGAAAUUGAGCUUUCACUUGCCCACCCUAGUGUACUGUCUUUUAAAAAAAAAUCUACCUGGUAUAAUCAAAAUGGGUACCUGUAUCUUUAAAUUAUGUAGGGAGUUUUGUAUGUUUAAAUAAUUGUACUGGGUUCUAUGAUGCUUAUCUUAGAAACUGUUUAGUAAAAGAAAAUAUAUAAGCCGUGCAUUUGUGAAUGCCCCCCUUAGAGCAUUCAUCCAAGUUCAGUGUGUAGUGUGAUGGUUAUUAUAGAUGUUUAAAGUAUAGUAAGUGGCUGUGUAACAGGAGAGACUGCUAUUUACCUACAGACUGAAGGGUAACUCCUGCCGGCGUAAUUAUAUCAGUAUUGUCCUUUCCUGUCGGUUUGAUCAGUUGCAGUACUGGUGGCUUCCUGCUUGUGACUGUUGCCUAAUCGUGUCAAUGUACAUCUGUAGUAUGUACAUGUGAAAGUGCCUUUCUAUUUUAGAGGAGUUGUAGCCUUGCUCUUUACUGUUGCCCCGUCCGCCUCCUCCCCUCCACCUCCCCCCUCCCCCCACCACCCCUCCCAGAUUCCAGCGCCCACUUGAGUGUUUCGAAACUCCCCCGACUCUCUCCCAGCUACUUCGCCAUCCCCACCUUUCUGUGCCUCGGUGCUCAGUAUCGUCCUGUCUUGCGUCCCUGUCGGUCAUCAGGCGUCUCGUUUUCCUUGUAGCCGUGACUGUGCCUUUCCCUCCUCGGGUCCCGCCCCUCCCCGCCGCCACCCCAGCUCACGUGCUGCUGCCGGCCAUCGCGUUCGCCUCCGCUCUGUACUGCCUCUUACCGUGACAGCCCCUCGCCUCUGAGGUGAGAGAAAAGGGGGAUGCUUUUCUAGUUCUGGAAGGGAAAAAAAAUGUUUUGUUAAUCUGUUGUGACAAUGCACUUUUCUGUAUAGUACUGUACAUUUUGGCAUGUACCAUUCCAGGCUUCAGUAUCCAGUCAGGUCUGUUCUUCUGGGUGUAUCUUUAUAAUAAAUGAGAUAGUUCUGGCUGCC